AUGUUCAGAAAUAACUACGACAACGACUCCGUCACUUUCUCUCCCCAAGGUCGCAUCUUCCAAGUCGAGUACGCAUCAGAAGCCGUCAAGCAAGGUUCAGUAGUGGUGGGGAUCGUCAGCAAGACACAUGCCGUCCUCGUAGCACUCAAGCGCAACGCAGAAGAGCUCUCGUCAUACCAACGCAAAAUCAUCCCGAUCGACACCCACUAUGGUGUUGCUCUCGCUGGUCUCGCCUCCGAUGCCCGUGUCCUCUCCAACUUCAUGAAGCAGCAAUCGCUCGCAUCACGACUCACAUACGACCGCCCCAUCCUCCUCUCCGAGAUCACAUCCCGCAUCGGCGACCGCGCACAGACAAACACCCAGCACUACGGCAAGCGACCUUACGGUGUGGGCCUCCUCAUCGCGGGUGUAGAUGCGAAGGGACCCCAUCUCUUCGAGUUCCAGCCCAGCGGAGUGACACAAGAGAUGGUGGCGUGCGGUAUUGGCGCGAGAAGUCAGAUGGCGCGGACAUACUUGGAGCGGAACUUGGAUGAGUUUGAGGGCAGCAGCCGGGAGGAGUUGAUUAAGCACGCACUACGGGCGCUGAAGGAUAGCUUGAGCCAGGACAAGGAGCUGACCAUCGACAACACCAGCUUGGGUGUCGCUGGUGUUGACGAGAACUUCAAGCUGUACGAAGGACAGGAGAUCGCAACCUGGUUAGAGACGACAUUCGAGAACAAGCCAGAGGGUGGUGAGAGCAUGGAGGUUGACUCGUAG